AUGCCUUGGCAACCUUCCAAUGAAAGACCUGUACAGCCUCAUGACCAACCAGCGUCUGAACCACAAGUCAAACAUUAUUUCAACCCUUCUCGAUUUUAUUGUGUAGAAACCAUAACUGCCCCAUGUGGUGUUGUUAUUGCAUGGACUAAAUUUGACAAGGCAGAAUCACCAACAAAUAUUUUAAAUUGGUUGGAAUCUAUCUUUCCAACAGAGGAAUCUAGACCAGAUUACAUUUGCAUUGAUAAUGCAUGCCUAGUGCUUCGAACUGCGAUAGCCAAUGGGAGCUGGGAGCGGAUAUGGAAAAAGACUACUCGAUUCAUUGUGGAUAGCUACCAUUACAUUAAUCAUUGCACAACUGACUAUAUCUGUCAUAAAUGGUGUAAUCCUGCACCUCUCAAUAGUUCUGCACCUAAUCUGGUUAUAUCUGCUGUUGAUAAAAAUGGUCGACCAUAUUUGAAAAGAGCCUUCAGUACUCAGGCUUGUGAACAAUUAAAUUCAUGGCUUGGUGGAUUUGAUUCCAUCUUGAAAAGAAUGACACAAGGAAACUUUAACUGGUUUCUUCAUACUAUGCUUUUCUAUCACACAAGAUAUGUGAUUAGAAAGCAGGAAUUAAGUAAAGAUUCUACUGAAGAAGAAGAAGAAGAAGAAGAAGAGGGAACAGUAGAUGACUCACUUUAG